CGUGUGUGUCGUGUGUGCGGUCUGUAUCUGCCAGCGUACUGUGCGAUCUGUGCUGUAGUUGGUUUGGCGGUUGUCAACGCCACCAGUCGUGUACGGAACAGUGCGAUGAAACUAACGACACUCUUACAAAAGAUCGUAUAACGUCGGAUCCCUUUUCUCUUCUUUUCUUUCCACUGUAACAUGCUUUUAGUUAUCCUCCUCGCCGUGACGCUACCUCUAUCAUUGGCCAUUUGGUCCUUGUCAGUGGUUUCGUCUUGGUACACUGAAAGUGUUGCGCCUCCCACACCUCUGCGAUUCUUCUUUUCCGCGUUCAUUCCGAUUUUAAUAUCAGCUUGGGCAUACAAAAGGAAAAGCCUCGACAUUUCAGGAGCGUUGUGUGGUGUGGUAGUCGGCUUCAUUUUGACCUUUAGCAGCUAUCUGUUUCUAGCGAGCCUAUUCGCUUUCUUUAUUUCAUCCUCUCGAGCAACAAAGUUUAGAUCCGAGCUGAAAAAGAAGUUCGAACCGGACCAUAAAGAAGGAGGGCAGCGAAACUGGGUCCAGGUACUCUGCAAUGGUGGCAUUGCAACGGAGUUUGCUCUGUUGUAUGUGCUAGAGUGCGGGAUGGGCGAAAGGCUGGUGGAUCUGGGCAAUGCGUGGCAGUGCACCAUCCUCUCGCUGGCCGUACUCAGCGCCCUGGCCGAGAGCUGUGGAGACACAUGGGCGUCGGAAUUUGGCAGCGUGCUCUCCAGGGGAGACCCUUUCCUCAUCACAUCGUUUCAAAGAGUACCCAGGGGUACUAAUGGGGGCGUUUCCCCGGAAGGCCUGUUGUUCAGUGCCCUGGGCGGGGCCUUCAUAGGCUUGGUUUAUUACCUUGCCAUGGCUCUGUUUGUGGGUCCGAGCAGCCUGCAGGCAGCGUCGGCACAGUGGCUGGUCAUCCUCGUAGGCACCUUGGCCGGCUUUCUCGGAUCCCUGCUGGACUCCUUCCUUGGAGCAACCCUGCAGUUCUCAGGUGUGCAUGCCAAGACAGGCCGGAUAGUCGAACGUCCUGGACACAACAUCAAACACAUCUGUGGUGCCAACAUCCUUGACAAUCACUCGGUCAACCUGUUGUCCAAUCUGGCCACAGCUUUCGCAGUACCCUUGAUUUCAGUGAACUUGUUUUCGUUCCUUCGAUAAUUCGCGAUUGUUGGACUCCUUUUUAUGCCGCUCUGUUGAUUAAUGAGAUGAGCUGAAUGUAGGCAGUGUUAUUUUGUUAAUGGCAAUCAACUUUGGUUGUGUGGCACACGCAACAGUUUUUUGUAUUUAUUUAUUAUUAUUUUAUUUUUUGUCAGCUCUUGCCACUUUGUGUGCGGUGUUGUUGUGAAAAGGCUUAGCAAUAAUGUGUUACUCCAUCAGUCAGUGCGUAGUAGUAAGUUUUUUGCUUAAAUGUCCCAUGAUUUGUUUUGACGAAGAAGGAGGGAGAAGGCAUGUAUUCAAACAAGCCACUGAUUAACAUUGACAGCCUGCCACUAUGUGUAGCAGUUCUCAGAACGGUACGAGUACUAUCAGGCAGAUGUAAAAAGAACUUCUGCCUGCCACUUCGCAUGAAAGGUCUUUCUUUUUCUUCCAAAGAAAUCAAACAAACAAGCGCCACUCUUCCAUGCAAACCUCAUUCCAUAUUGUGGUUACAUGAAUAGGCUACAUUGAGCGAUAUAAAUGCGGAAGGGAUGACUGUAGCACAUUACUAGACUAAAAUGAUGUGUCUUUCUGAGGUCUAUUCUCUCGAAACUACGUGUUUUUAUUAGCAUUAUCUGUGGCAGCUAGCUACUAAUAUAACAGUAUUCUCAUGUUAAGUGUCUUGAUUUCAUUAAUGGAAUUCACUUUAUCAAGCAAGUUGAACUGGCACAUUUGUCACAAUUGGACAACGAUAUGAGAGUAGCUAAGUGAUCUUGAGUAGUCUUCUGCAUAUUUAUUUUUUAUUUUUCUCAAUCCUUUCAGAAGGAAAAGUUGGGUUUUUUUGCAUCUCUACUGGUGGAGUAACAAUGCCUUCAGUUUCGUGCAUGCAGACAGUGUUUCCACACAUGCAAAAGUGAGCAAAAGCUUUUUCGUACCUUUUGAUCUCAAUUUAUGCUCCACCAAAAGAAGCUGUUACUGCUUUAACACGUAACAGGUGUUAACAACAGCUGUACUUUGAGAAACUGCUGCUCUCUCUCUCUCUCUUGGGAGGUUGGCUUUUGAAGUGCUGCUGGUUUCACAAACCCAAAGUCUUUGUCAUUUUGCAUGGGUCAGUAUGUGGCUUGGUAGAAAGCUCUGGCCUACAGUAUGUUGUCAAAUCAUGCUAGUUCUUAAUUAUUUUUCCACAUAAUCUUCUAUAACGAGAGGGAAAAGAAAAAGGAAGGAAAGGUCUUGCCUGGUUAUAAUCAGCAGAAAGAAAAAUUGUAGACGUGAAAACAGAUAAGGUGUAAAUAAUAAAAGAACAUCCGGUGCAUCGACAUAUUCGUCGCCAAUCACCAGAAUUUGUACAUGCCAUCUGCCUCAAAUAAGGCUUCUGCAAUCGUCUGCGUAGAAUUGGGAUUAGGCCACGGCCCCAGGAUACUUUUUGUAAAAGAAGUAUGUAAUCUGAAUGCCUGAAUCUAGCUUCUUGAUUGCAUUAAGCAUCGAGGGGAAGGUGCUGUAUUUUCGCGUCGCACCUUUAAGAAUUUCAGUCUCUUGGCCGUGAGGAGUCGGUAAGUGUGUGCUAGUGAGAUGUCCAAUGCACAUGACGCAGUGAAGAUGUUUCAUAUGGGCUUAGGUGGCAGGCGAUGUCUUGACUAAAGGUUGCGUUAAUAAGAGUGAAAGUUGACGAAGCCUAGUGAAUUCUGUUGUCGAAGUGUGUAGCGCGCGAGUAAUCUGGGUUUCCGCCCAUGAUCAGUUCUCGAAAGUGCUAUAUGCGCACUCAAGUCUUGAUGGUGAGCAGGAAACGCAGCUGGGUCUGUGCUGUUAUCGCCGAAUCCACUGAAUUUGCUCAGCAGCUGUAGAAGAAGUCAUAUGUUUGGUUCAUAUUCUGCUAUAACGAACUGUGCUGCAAAUUAUGGCUCUAUUUAUUGUAACGAGGUUCAAGUAUCCGGCCCACAUUAAAUAUACUGCGCUAGUUUUCUAUGGGCCUUUUGUUUGUCCAUCAUAGUACAUUUGGAGAGGUGAUUUUUUGUGGUAACAUGGAGGGUGUGUGGUGGUGGAGAAUAAGUGCAAAGAGAUAAGUGAGGUGAACGUAGAGAACGUAGAAAGCUGGUAAAGGCAUAAGCAUUCUUAAGUAUAUUGUUUAAUAAUAAAGAAAAGUGCAUUUUGUAAAGUUGGCAAGGCUGAACUUAUCUCAUAGAACACUAACCACAGCAACCUCUGCCUCUUAAUGUCAUCUUUCCAUUUUAUUACAAUACCGCAGUUCAAACAAGGCACGGUGGCUAAUUUAAUAGUUGGCACAAGAUAGCUGCUGCUGUUGCAAUUUUCUUUUUCGCUUUGCAGUGUAUAAGUCCGAUGUAAUCACUGUGUUGUCUCAUCUCUAGUCUAACUAGGGCAAUGAAAACAAAUAAUCAGAACUUCAUCUUUGCUUUUCGCAUGCUAACUUGCAGCAGGGAAUGUGCACGUGGAGACACAAUCAGGAAGUUCUCUUUGUCUCUGAUCCCUGUCAGUACACUUAUGUAAAAACACACGUUUUUCUGUGAUUUUAUACACCGAAUCCGUCGCUAAUAAUACAGGCAUGCUUGUUUAAGCAUCUGUGGCUGUUGGGAAAACUCCACUCUUCCCUUUUCGUUAACAGUGCUUUCAGAUUGAAGUGCAAUUAUUUCGUAUGAUUUUUACUCCCUCACUUGCAUCAGAUCCUGCAUUACCUCGAGCAGCCGGGUUCAUAGCAAAAUUAUGAAUAUGCCGCAUUCGUACUUUUAACGGCACAUUUCAAUCCAUGAGCACUGCACGUGUAAUAAAACGGGCAGAAACUGUCACGUGGAAACAGUCAUUAACAACUUUCAGUGUAAGUGAACAGCUGCACUCUUCUAAAAAGCUUUUCGCCUUGUUGACGGAAUGAUGCACUUGAGGGUGCAUGCUUGUUGUAGUGAAGUUAUUUGGGCCCUGUAACUGCACUACAUAUAUACACUCAAGCCUCAUUAUGACAAAGUAAUGCUGUAUCUAUUACAAAGCUAUUCUUCACUUUGCUAUAAACAAUAUUUCAUUAGUAUAUCUGAGUUCGUUAUAUUGAGAUUUAAGCGCAGCUAAGAGUCACGAGCGUCUCAAGGUGCUAUAAUACAGUUGAUGUUCGAUGACAAUUGUGCUACUGGAAUGCAAUUGCACGUGAACGUGUGCUUUUUGGGUCAGCGCCGUUGCAUUGGCAUUGGAAAACCUACCACCACCAACCUCUGACCACUACGAUAAUAUGCGAAGAGCCAAUGAAAGCAUUCAGUUAGAAACUUUUAUCAUGCAAGCUCUUUCACUGGAUGUAGCCAUACCAUUCUGCUGCUUACCAAAAAAAAAAGGUCUCUUAGAGACACAAUGACAGUAGCUAUUUUCUAGGCUUUAUUCUGCCAUUAUGGUCUUGGUCAUCACGAAACUCACGUACACACGAGCCUAGAUGUCCCCUGCUUGCUCGUCAUUUUAAUGUUGCUAGUGAGCUUGUUGAAAGCAAGGGUGCAGUUCUGAUACUUUAUUUUUUGUUGUUCAAGCAUCUUUAUGGUCUUACACAGUGCGUUUUUGUGUCCUCCCUUUCUCGGUACCAUCUUUUUUUUUAUGCUGUUGUUCGAGUACCAUGGAUUACAAACUUGGUCAUUGUUCAUCUAUUAUAGAAUUGAUUUAGGGCAGGCAUAUGUUGCGACAGUAUUUUAUGUUUGUCCGAGUUCGAGCAUAGGCUAAAAGACAAUUAGCUGAUUUUUGGGAAUCUUGAUAAUAUUUUAGUCCUACGACCACAACCGUCGUUUGGCUUCUUUGCAUUUCCUUUCCUGAACACCUCUGCGCUUGCCACAUUUCUAUCAGCAGUGCUGUUUACGACCUGAAAGUACUGAGUGCCUGGCAUUAAGAAAAGGAAAAGGAGGCUGCAUAGUUGAUGAUCAAUGUUGGUGGCUAAGAAUGUCCCCCAGAAUGUGCAGCUGUUUUUUGGAGAAUACUGUCUUAUUCAGUGCAUAUUUAUGUGUCAUCAUCGUUCAGUUGUUAAACAAUAGCACCAUGAACUUGAUAUAGCCUUUUUCAGUUAUGAAAGCACGAAGGAGUUGCAACAAUUAUCCUUGUUACCAGUAUGAAUCUUGGAUAGAAUCUUACAUCAUUGCAGGUUUUUCUAGAAAGGCGUCGACUGUCCGCUACUGUGCUUACAAAAACAGCACCUUAAAGGAAAGGCUGCACAAUCCUCGUCACUGUACUAGCUAACAUGUAUAAUGAACAUCGUACUUUUUGCUUAGCACUCAGUGCUUUUACUUAGCACAAUAAUCCGUAAGACAAGUUAUGGAAAACUUCCGUGACCUGUGGCAUUCACACUUUGAGCUCAAUCUUUUCAUUUCUGCACGAACAAAAAGCUAAACGUGGGCUGCUUUUAUCAGCACUGUUAGCUUAAAUGACAAUCACAAAUGACAACAACGAUGCUGCUAAGGUUGUUUAACGAUUAUGUACGUUUAGGCAUAGAUGUGUGUAUAACCAGUUGUUAGUGGUCAGUCGUCAUGUACUUGUCUUAUCUAAUGGGACUUAAUCGAACACCAGUACCUGUUAUGGCACUGUUUGUCUUUCUUGAAGCGCCAGCAUAGCAGAAAAGCUUGCCUUUAUCUAUGAUCAUUGGUCAUUUAUGAAAUUGUACCAUUUACAGACUGUAGUGGACGGUGAACCAUUGGUACUGUCAGUCCCACCUAACUCUUGUCAUCUAUGUUGGAGGCAUCAUGACUAAAUUGAUGCUUUGUUAUAAUUGGUUCUUAGGGCUCAUAUUACCUGCUGUUGACGGAACACAUUGUAUUCAUGUUAUCUUUCUAAGUGUUUCACUGUAACUGAUAGUACGUAGAAUGUGUACACUGUUUUGUCUGAGAUGUGUGGGUGGUUUAAUUCGAGCAACCUAGAAGCCACACGUUCCAUGCUUCUGUAUUUCUUGCCUUGAAUUUACAGAUUUGUUACGCACGUUGGUUUUGGGUCAGUUAGGUGGUGCUUUUAGCAAUAUGUAUAUCUGAUAUGAUAGUGCAAUACCUUUGCUAGUGUAAAUGCCUUUUGCUACCAGUGCUUAGAUUGAAAAAGAAAGGGGGGGGGGGGGGGGCGAGUGGGAGGCUGAAAAUAAUCUUCUUGACUUUUGUAUGUAAAACAGAAUAAUGAGACAAUCAACUCAUGAUUUACUCCCCGUUAUUAAGUAGCAAGUGCAACCACAAAAUUGUUGUUUCUCAUGCUGUACAUGUGUUAAUCAUUUGCACAAUCAAAAAGUGACGUGCCGAAGCUGGCUGUUGCACUGAAGGCUGGAAAAAGAAGGAUCCGAUGGGAGACCAGUUUACCAGGUGCAUUAAUUUUGUUUCAAUGAUAAACUGAAACCUUCACACGAGUUUGGCAUGUGCAUCAGAUGCAUGACCACAAUUUUUCUUUUGCUUUUAAAUAGUGAAUUCUUGACUUUACUGCACCUGGCACUCAUCUUUCUGGCUUUCUAUCUGUCUCAAAGCCCUCCUUUUUAACACUCUUUACCACAGCUCAUUAUCUUACACACCCCUUAUCUGAUAGUGAUCUGACAAUGCAAGCAAAGCAGUCAUUAACUCGCAGUCAGUAAAAAUAACUGCACAUAUUUUAGUACACUCAUUGUUAUGCACAGGUUUUGCCUGUCCGAUAUUUCAUUACCAUCAUUGAUUACUUAAAGCAUAUACAUUAGUUUUCUUUCUGCCUCCAGUCACGCUACACAUUCCUACAAUCUUAUAUCAUUGCACUAAUUCAGAUUCAGAAACCGUGCCCUGCUUUGAUUUUCUUUGACGAUUCAGGGAUCACGGCAUGUUCACAUAUGCUUGCUCAUUCAUGUUCAUUGUAGGCAGCACCUCGUAAGCUGGUCUGCUGUUAUGCCUCUGCAUGUACGCUUUUUCUAGUUGUACAUUAUUAGUAGGGAAUCUUGUACCUCUGUGUUAGCUAAGCCACCAAGCACUGGUCUCUGUGCGAAUCUAACUAGGAAUAUUAGGUGCUACUGUAUAAUGUAGAAUGUAAAAGUACCUUGCGAAACAGUACAGAUGGAGAUACGUUAGUCACAGUAGUGGUGCACACCGUUUCCUGUGUGGCGGUACAGCAACAAGUGCUAUAGAUUACAUAGCACCGAAAAGUAGCACACACUGGCUGUAUGCAAAGGUCUCCAGGCCAUACAUUUAGGUGGCACCAGGCAACAAGCAUCACACGCAAACAUUGGCAUUUGAGCCUCGGUUCAUUGUCAGAGUUGUCACAGGUGUGCGUAGCUUUUCAGCGUACGCUCAUCUGAACUCUCGUUUCACCCAGCGCUCUGGUGAAAAGAGCAGAUGCAAGCUUUCACCUUGUGUGUUGCAAGCUUGCUGUUUUGGUUGUGCAUAUCUAUCCUGCAUAAAACAUUUUUGGUAGACUUGUUACUAGCAGACACAAGGCAGUCUGCUUUGCUUUUGCAGGAGGUACUGUAGUGUUCAACCAACUGGCAUGGGUACACAAAAAAUGAGCCUAUACAUCAUGUUACACUGAGAUGUUGACCUUUUGCUCAUUCACGUCUGUUGCUGUUGGUAUGCUAGCGCGUUGCUGUCGAUAUUUGCCAUUUUUAGCGGCAGUGCAUUUUGGAAACGAAAUGAACCCAUCGAAUAUGUCUACAUGCCGUGACAAUCACUGAUGUAUAUUUGUACUCAAUGUAGUGCAAAUAUUUUGAUAUGGACAUAUUUGUGUGAUUGCCUCUAUGUGCAUAUGAAUACAUGUUGUGGCUUAGUGUUGUUCACUAGCGUCGUACAUAAGCAAGAGCGUGCCUUGCUCUAAUGGCAUUUGUUGGCACUAGCACACUCGCACAUUUGAAAACUUGAGAAACCAAUGUUAACGCACCUGUCCAGGCAAGAGUGUUCACAUUGCAAAUUGCCUGUAUACCCGUCAAAUUUAAAACUUUUUUAUUCUCUGUUUCUGGCAAAACUAAAUAACUUUGUGUGAACUGUGAACAAGAGAACGAGCUUAUUUGACCAACGAACAACAAAACAAAUAUAUACAUAUGAAUUGCACAACUGAUUAAGCAAAGUGUUAUAAAAGUGGGCAAAAGAAGCAGUUCGCUGCAAAUAUAUAUGUGUAUGUAUACAAACACACACAUACACACACGACCAAAAGAUAGAAAUAGAAGUCAUUUGCACAGAUUUUGGUUGAGAGAAAUGUCUGAGUGUUGUCAGUGUCAUUAUCUGAACAAUGGCAAAUGCGGAAGCGGUACGCGCUGUAUUGUGCCGCAAAAUCGGAAAGCAAACUCGUGCUCCUCGUUGCACCUCUCCGGUAUCGCCAGCACUAGUCGUGACGUCACAAGCACCGUGCGAGAAGGAAGAGCAGGGAGCGCACGUAUCUGCUAGCAGACGAGCAGGUUCUUGUCACGACGGUGACGUCACAAGAGCUUUCCUGCUAACAGGUACGCGCGCUACCCAUUAUGCGAGGAGGGGCACUCGAAGGGGAAGAGAGACGAACUGACGAACGGAAAGAAAAAAAAAAUCAAAACGCUGAGCGAGAGAGUCGUCUAAAUCAUGCACGUGUACUUCUGCCAAUUCUUUCACAUUCUAGAAAAAAAAAAAGAUGGUGUUUACGUGUUAUUGUGCACUCGUGCACGACUGUAGCGCCACAACAAAAUCAGGACAUUUGUGUGCUUUAUAUACACUAAAAACAUGCUUGUAAGCACAUGCUCACAUAACCAAUCGAUUUUUUUCGGCAAUGUUGGAUCUGACACGUUGAAAAUGAAUCUUGUGAUGGGAAUAAAUAAAUGUUUGUGUCUGUGUUACGUUUGUGUGGAAUUUCUCCAGAAUAGCGCAGUGAAUGGCGCGUGUGAUUUGAGUGAUUCGCUGUCUUAUUACUAAAGGGUGGUACAUUGUUCCUCCACAUAAAAACUAAGCACAUGUCGAGGGAAAAAAAAUGUAAAUUCGUUACCUUGUGAACUUCAUUGCCCUGUAAUUCUGGUGUUUAGAUUGCGCUAAUCAUGUCAGAAAUGUUGAAAUCAUUCCCUUUCAGCUACAUUUUGUGUAAAACAAUCGUAUAACAAUUUAUGUCCGAUUUUCUGACCAAAUUGCGGAUAUCGGUCUUUUGACUGAGGGCUGUAAGUACAGCCCAUUCGUGCGUCUACUGAUGUCGGCGGUAAAUGCAUGGAGGGGUUUUACUGCUGCUACCACGGGGAAGUGUCGUGAGCUCUAGGGGUGUGCAAAUAUUCAAAACAUUUGAUUAGCGAACAGAAUAGCUUUAUUUAUGUUCUAUUUGCAUAGCGAAUCGAAUAGUACAUACUCAAAAUGCCGAACAUGUUCAAUAAAAAAAAAAUUCAGUUAAAA